GGAAACCAAUUCAUCCACAGCUCUCCUCUAGCUUCUUCAUUUAAUUGUAUAGGGACGUUCCAGCCACUUUUGACUCUCCUUUUCUCUACCAUACUCGCCUUUCCCUUUCUAUCUUCUCUUUUGUACUCUUUUUUGUUCUUUUCCACUUGUUUUAUGAAUUUGUCAAAAUAAUACGUUGGUCUAGCAAAAAAGAAAUAUUUUUCUGUUGUCUUAGUGUAUGAUUUAUUAAUCAAAUGCUGGCGUAGCUACGUGUUGCUGCAUAAUUGUUGUUUUCUUGCCUUUUUGUAAUCCUAACCCACUGGAUGAGAGGCCUUUAAACCUAUUAAUUUCAUGGGUUCUUGUUCUUUGAUAUUUCAAGUGAUUUUUAAGCUGACCCUUUUAUUUAUUCCUUCAUUUUCUUGAUUUUUUUCUGCUGGGUUCUUGCUUUUCUUGAAUUUUUCAGCUGGGUGGUUGAUAUUUUGAAGUGGUGGUGAGGUUAUAUUGUACUUCUGUUUAAUUCUCUUCUGCUUGUAAUAUUCCCUGCCAGGUUUGUCAAAAACAAUCUCGGUGCUAUUGGGCAUUAUUCUCUCUGCUAGCUAGCUCUGUUAUGGUUCUUGUGUGGUUCUAGCUUGCCAUUUAUUUUUCUGUUUCCUAUCAAAUCUCAGCUUUGAACUUUUUUUUUUCUUCUCUUCAUUUGUAAACUGAGUUUCCCAACUUCUUUUGAAUUUUUAUUUUGUAAUCUGGCUUUUGCUUCUUAAAGUUUCCGUCUUACUCUCUGUGUACUUCUGGUGAUCUUGACAUGGUGAAUAGUGGGGGUUCUAUGUUGCUUAUCUGGGUUUCUUCAAUAUUAUGUGUGAUAUGUGUUUCAUUAGGAUACAAUCCUUUAGACAACUAUUUGAUAGAUUGUGGAUCCUCCACCAAUAAAUCAGUUGGGGACCGUCUAUUUGUAGCUGAUCAAUUUUAUUCCAAUCUGCUUUCAAUCCCACACAUCACUUUUGCCAAUGCUAGUUCAAGUCCUAACUCAUCUGCCUAUGACCCUUCUCUUUUCCAGACAGCAAGAAUAUUCAAUGAAACCUCCUUUUACACGUUUUCAGUCAAUAAAUCUGGAAGACAUUGGAUUCGCCUUUAUUUCUUUCCUUUUGUGUUUAGAAGCUAUAAUCUGAGCACUGCCAAAUUCUCUGUGUCUGCUCAAAAUUUCACCCUUAUCAAGGAAUAUCAGCCAAAGGUUAAUCCUGAGGUCAAGGAAUUCUCUUUCAAUGUAAGUUCUGAUAGGCUAGUUCUUAACUUCACUCCUUUUGCCAAUUCAAUUGCUUUUGUAAAUGCACUGGAAGUUUUUUCACUUCCUGAUGAGCUUUUUCCUCCUGGUGCCACCACCAUUGGUCCCCAGGGCAAAUACCUAAAUCUGGGGAAACAAGCAUUAGAAACAGUUGAGAGGUUGAAUAUGGGCAACCAAACUGUUUUUCCCCAUGAUGAUACCUUGUGGAGACUUUGGGAUGCUGAUGGUAAGUAUCUUAAACACAGCAAUGUAGAAAAGUUUUUGGCAAAUGUCAAAGCUGUCAAUUUCACAAAAGGACGGCUAACAGAGAAUAUUGCUCCAUCCUCUGUCUAUGGCACUGCUACUGUAUUGAAUUCAGACCCUGAUCCUCAGACCAAUGCCAAUGUGACGUGGCUUUUUGAUGUUGAUCCUGGUUUUGAAUAUCUGGUUCGGUUCCAUUUCUGUGAUAUAUUGCCUAGACCUUCGGCAAGGUUCUACUUCAAUGUUUAUAUUGGUUCAUCUGCAGUUGUUCAAUAUUUUGAUCUUCUUAAUCGCACAUCAGAUGUGGGAGUGCCGUAUUUCAUGGAUGUGAUCACAACAGUAAGUGGUAGCCGUAUGCUAAAUGUUAGCAUUGGCCCUUCUAAUAAUGUUCAAUAUCCAAAUGCCAUUCUUAAUGGGUUGGAGAUCAUGAAAAUAAGCAAUGCUAAGGACAGCCUUUAUGUCUUGGAUUCUAUAUCCUCAAAAAGUUCCAAGACAAAAGUCAUUCUAAUAGUGGGCCUGGCUGCUGGAUCGUUCAUCAUUAUUGUUCUUGCUUUAGUUCUAUUUCUGCUGUGUAGAAGGAGGAGCCUAGCAGAUUUAAGCCAUCGGAAGGCAGAAGAUCACUUUCCUAUGAAUGAGGGAGAUACUGUUUACACUGUAGGCAGUAAGUUCUCCAAUGGGACAUUGAUAUUUUCCACUUCAAAGUUCGGUUAUCGCUUCCCGUUUGUGGCAAUUCAAGAGGCUACUGAUAACUUCAGCGAAAGUUUGGUUCUUGGGGUUGGUGGCUUUGGAAAGGUUUACAAGGGAGUUUUGAGAGAUGAGACAAGGGUGGCAGUGAAAAGGGGAACUUCUCAAUCACAAGGCAUUGCAGAAUUCCAAACUGAGAUUGAAAUGUUAUCUCAAUUCAGACACAGACAUUUGGUCUCUUUGAUUGGAUAUUGUGAUGAAAGAAAUGAGAUGAUCAUAAUAUAUGAGUUCAUGGAGAAUGGUACCCUUAAGAAUCAUCUGUGUGGCUCAAAUCAUCCCAGCUUAAGUUGGCGACAAAGGCUUGAGAUAUGCAUUGGAGCAGCAAAAGGACUUCACUACCUUCAUACUGGCUCUACAAAGGCAAUCAUUCAUCGUGACGUCAAAUCUGCAAACAUACUACUAGAUGAGAAUUUUAUGGCCAAGGUUGCUGAUUUUGGCCUUUCAAAGACUGGUCCUGAGAUUGAUCAGUCACAUGUUAGCACAGCAGUAAAAGGAAGUUUUGGAUAUCUUGAUCCAGAGUACUUGAUCAGACAACAACUGACUGAGAAAUCUGAUGUUUACUCCUUUGGAGUGGUGAUGUUUGAAGUUCUUUGUGGGAGACCUGUUAUUGAUCCAUCACUGCCAAGAGAAAAGGUCAAUUUAGUUGAAUGGGCAUUGAAGUGUCAAAGGAGAGGGCAACUGGAGGAAAUUGUAGAUCCUCUUCUUCAAGGUCAAAUAAAGCCAGAUUCUUUGAAGAAGUUUCGCGAGAUAGCUGAGAAAUGCUUGGCAGAAUGCGGUGUCUAUAGACCUUCAAUGGGAGACAUCUUGUGGAAUUUGGAGUCUGCACUUCAACUCCAGGGGGAUGAAGGGAGAUCCAGUCAUAAUGGUAAGAUGACUGAAAAAUUUAAUCGUGCAAAUAGCUUGGAGACCUGUGGAUCUGCUGCGCAAGUCAGCAUAGGAAGCAUGGGGGAUCUUGCUGGUGUUUCAAUGAGCAAGGUUUUUGCUCAGAUGGUGAGAGAGGAAAUGAGGUAGACUGCAGAGGCUUAUAUUUUCUCCCUCAAAAUAGCAGGAGUUACUCUACUCAUGACUACUAAACAAAGUCGGGUUAGAAUUGUAUACUGUACAGAAGGGGUGAAUUCAAAUUCCUUGCUAGUGUGGCUGUAUUUUACAAAUCCAUUAGCUUUCCUACUUGUAUUUGUCACUUCUUCAUUUCAGAUCUAUGCUCUCUGUGAUAUUAAAUCACCUAUUCUUUAUUUGAGCAUGGACUCUCUCCCUUGAUGUAUAAUCAUGCUUCCUACAUAAA